CGCAUUUCAGAUCCUGGGAAUGAGGGCCCGAGGUGGGACUUCUGAAAGAGAAAAAUGGCAGCUCGCCGGCUGCGGCCGGGCGUGAGCAAGCUGUUUGCUAUGGGACCAGAGCUGGGGAGCGCAAGACGAGCUUACAGCGCGUUCCAGGCCUUCACGGAGGUUCUACGGCUGCCGAGCAAGCAGCUGACGAAGCUGGUCUUCCCGCUGCAAGAACUCCAUGGGCAUUUGGUCCCCGGCUCGAGGCCAGACCUUCACCUGAAUAUCUUCCACCCGAGCUUGGAGGACAUCGCGCGGGCGGAGAGCUUCUUUACGGCCUCCGCCCGAAACCGCAUCGAGUACCUCACCUCGGCGGUGCGUCUCGACCACGCCCCGGACCUUCGCCACCCGGAGGUGUGUUUUAUAGGCAGAAGCAAUGUUGGAAAAUCCUCUCUAAUAAAGGCUUUGUUUUCACUUGCCCCAGAGGUUGAAGUUAGAGUCUCCAAAAAACCGGGCCAUACAAAGAAAAUUAAUUUUUACAAAGUUGGAAAAUACUUUACAUUGGUGGACAUGCCAGGUUAUGGCUAUAGAGCACCUGAAGAUUUUGUUGACAUGGUAGAAACCUACCUAAAAGAACGAAAGAAUUUGAUGAGAACAUUUUUAUUAGUGGAUAGUGUUGUUGGAAUUCAAAAAGCAGACAGUAUUGCCAUAGAAAUGUGUGAAGAAUUUGCAUUACCUUAUGUGAUGGUAUUAACAAAAAUUGACAAAUCUUCCAAGGGACAUCUUUUAAAACAAGUGCUUCAGAUCCAGAAAUUUGUUGACACUAAAACACAAGGAUGUUUUCCUCAGUUGUUCCCUGUAAGAUCCAGAACAAACAAGAGUUUACAGACACUGGCUGAGGAGAGGUCAAAUGCUGAUGAGAAAAAGAAACAGAAGCCUCAUGAUAAAAGAUGAUGAUGAUGAUAAUGACGAUGGAAGUACCUAACAUCUAACAUCAAGUAAGUGCUUACCACACUUUAGACUCUGUGCUGAAUACUUUACAUGUACUAAAACUGGCACAACCCUAUGAAGUGCAUACUGUUUCUAGAAUAUGGAGGUAUGGACAGUCAAGAAACUUACAUAAGGUCACAAAUUAGUACCAACCAAAGCCAGGACACAAACCAUCUGUCUGACUUCAAAGCCUAUAUUCUUAAGCUGCAAUAUAAUCCACUCCUAUGAUGGUUCCUAGGAUCAUUUUAAAAUUCUAGCAAAACUCUUAGUAAAAUGUUUCUGAAGGUAUUCUAUUAACUGAAUUAACUAGAUGCACUCAGAUCCCUUGGAAAUGCCUCUACUCAUUCAGAAGCAGACUGAGAACUAAGAUGGCACUAUGCCUAGAGCUGGGGAUAAAACCAGAAGUAAGAUUCAGCCUCUGCCCUUGGUAAGUUGCAUCUACACUACAAGUUAGCAGAAAUCAUAAGCUAUAUUAAAAUAAGCCAGACAAACCUGUAUAGCUUUGUGUUUCAGCUGUUUGCAGAAAGCUCUCACAUCAAAUUCUAAUGACUUUUCUGUGGAGAUAAAUCACAGAUAAAAAAUUAGGCAUACUAUUUUCAAAUCAACAAAUUCUUAAGUACAUGACAACAAAGGGAGAUAAGCAAGCAAAGAACUAUGAAGCUACAACAGAAAGAAAGAACUGAAUCUGCUCAAGCUCAGAAAACACACAUUAUUAAUACCAUACUUCUCUAAAGAUAAUGUGAGUUAAAAUUAAGAUAGUUUAAGAGUAUGUGCCACAUCAAAGCAAAUUACCUUUUAA